AUUAUAUACAUGUUAGAUAAAAGGAUUCAUUGAGCCGGAAAAUGUCAAAAUUGAUAAAAACCAAUUAUUAAUUGUUCCAGUUAUUGUAGUGCUUUGUCAGCUAGUAAGGGGAUUUUCAGUUUUACUCGACUUCCUUACUAACAGACUAAAGCCACGCGGUAGCCCAACAAAGGAAUGGUGAUUGGAAACGUGUGAGACGAUUUGAUUAAGUUUACCUCUAAAGAUAUUAUAAUGGCAUCUAACCUACCUGAUCAGUUGACAGAGGGAACUUUUAAAAGGAAAACAAGUGCGGAUAUAAGUUCAAGUUCUGAAGGUGACUGGCCAAGCUGUAGUGAUUCAAGUUCGCAGCGAAGAAAAAGACAACGGCCAUCGAGUUUAUUAAAAUAUACUAUUUUGAGUGAUGAAGAUAAGGAAUUAGAGUCAAGCUGCUUGGAAAGCCCACUUGCAAGAAAUGAACCUGCAACUUAUCCAGCAAGUCAGUGGGAAUAUAAUGAUCUCCUUUUCUUAAACAUCUUUUACCAGAAGACACCAGAACCUUUGGAAAACUUCAUCAGGGAAUUGAAAGUUGCCUUUAAGAACAGGGAAGGAUUUUGUCCUGAUCCUAUAAAAUUGACUAACAUUUUAAAGAAGCAACUUGAAGAGGAUUUAACCUUUUCCUAUGAUAUGAAAGAAAUUAAAGAUAUUCGAUGUGCUUCUUUAAAAGAUAUAAUGGAUGAGAAAGAUGAGAUAUCGAGCAAGAUUAAUAAAGAUAUUCAAAGGAUGGAGAUAAAUUCCGAAAAAUUUGACUUUGAAAAUCAAUUUUGUAAAGAACUGGAUUCAGCUGUUGGGAAAUUUGCACUAGAGGCUGCUGUAUUGUUCAAUUCAGCAGCUAGAAAAUUUGCGCUAGAAACUCUUCUACUGCUCAAAAUGGUUCUGAGUCAACCAUUAUCUUUUGAUUCCAAAGUAAAAGUGGAAGAGACAAAGAAGACAAGAGGCUCAAAAAAGACAAGACCUAGAGGAGGGCAUAGUGAUUCACGGUGUCUUCAGAAAGAUGCAGAGCUUGUUUACGCCAAUGAAUUUUAUUUCCAGAAUUAUUGUAAAGUUUUUGGAAAGAUAUUCUUUUUAGAUGAAGGUGAAUUACCUAUGGCUUCAUUUACAUUUAACAAAUGUUUGGUGAGGAACAGACCUGAUAUUAUCUACCGUUUUUAUUCUCAAUCAAGAGAGGAAGAACUCUUGUUUAUAACAGAGGUAAAAAAAGCCCCACUUAAACAAGAUACAAGGAAUAUUGAAGAACUUGUUGGAGGAAAAAUUAUGGGGCAAGUUGGAGCAGAGCUAAUUGGUCAGGCAAGACGCUCAGCAUUUUAUCCAAAUUCUCUUGGAAUCCUCUGUAUGGAAACAAAACUAAUAUUUGUAUUCCUAAAAAUAUCAAAGGAGCAUGCAAUUGGAAUAACUAAAGGAGAGACAGGAAAAAAAGAUGAUCCUGGAAAGGUUAUUUACACUGAACCAUUGGACAUGUUAAAAGCAGAGGACAGGUCCAGAAUGGCUGAAAUCCUGUUUUUCCUGGGAUGUCUUCAAGAUCCGAGGAAGCAUAAGUUUAUCUAAUUAAUAGAUGUUACUUUACAAGUGUAAUGUUAAGCAAGUUGAAAAUUUUGCAAUUUUCUCUAAAAUUUUGGUAUAUAAUUGUAGCAAGAAGAACUUUAAACAUUUUUGUGAUGUCUUGAAAUAUAACAGUAACCUCAGAAAAUGGGAAUUAAUUGUUAGCAAUAUCUAAUUCUUGUUAUUUCAAAACCUUUGCUAAAGAUACUGUAGACAAACUUUUUUCCAGGGGGUCAUAAUUCUGCGGAAUCUCAAUUUCUGUUUAAUCGGUGGGUAGAAAAUUACGUGGAUUUCUUACACUGUCACUAAAUGCCUUACAUUUAUGUUAAAUAUGCUUAAAAAAAAUUUCUGUGGAACAAUUGUGACCACGUUCUUAGCGUAAAUUAAUACCACGCGGAAAAAACUACUUCUAAAAUACAGUACCCAAACUAAAUUGUUGUUAAAUUUGUUUGUAUGGUAUAUACAACAUUGCAAUUCUAUUAAUGUUAUAAAAUACUAAAAAUAAAUUUCUUACUGCCAUUUAAUUUGGUGUCAUUUGCAUUGAUUUUGUAAAUACAUAAAAUAAAGUAAUAAAAUUGAAUUAAUAAUUUAAUCGACAUGUU